AUGAGUAAGUUAUUAGUUUUUUAUGUUGCUUCAAUUUAGUUGCACUUUUACGCUAGUUUUAUCUACAGUCAAAUAUAAGACAUUAUAAACCAGUUCUGCUAUUAUACAUUCACUUCAAACCUAAAAAUAGACACUUUUAGACAUGACUACAAACUUAAUGGUUGUAAAGCUACUAAUUACGACUUGUCUUUACACUUUUUAUACUGUUACAAUUUUAAAGUUCAAAAGGAAAAUUAUAAAACCGCGGCCUGCAGAGGUUUUUAAACCUCGGACGCAGUUUGCCACUCACUAUUUUUCGCUUGCUCGCAAAAAGAUGCGCGGUAUUCCUGCAAGCCCCUGGCGCGGAAGAAGGAUAAACAUAAGGUUUUUGAAACAUAAUUUUAUCAAAAUUUAAAUUUUUCUUCAAAUUUUGGUAUUUUUAUUUUUAGGUAAUAUUUUUGGUUUUUAGAGGAAAUUUUUUGAUUUUUGACUUGAUAUUGACCUGGAGGAGUUAUUGAUACGUUCUCGGUUUUUGUUAGAGUUGAAUUUGUUUGUGUUUACUGUAAUGUUUGCAUAUUUAUUGAAUUUUAGCGGAAUUUUGGUAGAUUUUGGUUUGACUUUAUAAUAUUAUUAAGAUCAAGUUUAAUGUUCUAUUAUACAUCUUCAAAAGUAAUGUAAAAGCAAGAUUAUUAAUUAAUCUGUUUUGUUUAUCUUUCAUCUUUACAAUAUUUAGUAUUAUAGCUUUACUUUACUUGAAAUUCUGUUGAUUUUAUACCUAAAAACGUACACGACUAUGUUUCACACUUAAAACAACCUUGUCGUACCAAUUUUAAUGUUUCUUUUGUUUCAGUGACAAUUUCGAAGUUACCAAGACGGAGAUCUUCAGCUUCCAAAGCCGGAUCCCUAAUGGGUAAACGAAGAAAUGACAGAGACGACUCUUAUGAAGAAUAUAAACGUCGACGUGAGUCUUCGAGACACAGACGAAAUGCAUGCAGAGAAGAACGUGCACGACGAAGAUCGAAGGAGAAUAAAGAACGGUUCGAAAGGUUACGACAUGAUAAGGACCGGUACGACGACUACAAGAGGUCGAAUUACAAGGAUAAGGUGGGUAUUUCGGUUAUUGUUUUGAUUUUUAGAGAAAGAAAUGAAUUUGGACUGGAACAGUGGGGAUUAAAGUAGACUUUCAAUAUAAGGAACGUAUAUUGAUGAAAAACAUAUGACUUUAUCGGCUUUUUUUUUUUGCGAGGUCAUUUACGGAUAAAAUAAGGUUCUGGAAGUAAAUUAUGUUCUCAAAUUGAGAGUUCCUUAUAACGGAGUUUACUAAAAUUUUGAUGUAAAGCGAUUUUAUUGUAAAUUUAAAAACAAAAAAUUUGUAUUAAGAUUUUAGAAAAAGUGAAAUUUGCGUUGAUUUUUAAAAAUUUUAAGUUGACGAGCUGAACGUUUUUUAGUGCCAGGUUUGUGACAUUAAAGAUAAAUUUAAUAAAAGUAGAAAUGCAUUCAUUUAUAUUUUCAAAAUUACAGUUAUGGAUAAAUAAUAAUUAAGAUAAGCUACGCUGUGGGAUUAUUAUCAAUAUCGUUGGGCAUCAACGAUAUUGAUAAUAUGUACAGACGUUGGCCUGUGGGUUUUUGUUUAGUUAAUGUUCAUGUUGCAAGUUGAUCGAGAUCUUUGAACUUUUACGGAUUUAUUAUUUUUAUUUUCUUUACAAAUUGUAUUGCAACACAAAAUUUAAAAAAUUAUAUUUCUUUUGUCCUAUCUGAUAAACCUCUGUUAACAUUUUUUAUGCUUUCAGCCUCUUUAUUUCUGUUGUACUGUCUGAUAGGUCUUUGUGCGUUAUUAUUAUUGAUAGAACAUUUCGUAUGUAUUGUUUUAUUAUACAGUGAAACCUCUGUAUAACGAACCGCUAGGGGAAUUAAAAUUUGUUCGUUAUGAAGAGGUUUCGUUAUAGAGAAGUUUUAAAUGCACUGUGGUACUGAUAGCCGGGGAUUCAAAAGUUGUUCGUUAUACAGGGGUUUUGUUAUAUAGAGGUUCCUUAUACGGAGGUUCCACUGUACUACUGUUUUUUAGAAUCAAAUUGUUUUUAUAGUCUGUAUGUCUAAGUAAUCAUUCUUUCAUUAUGUAACUUUUUCAGCAUAAAAUGCUAUAAUUGGAAGACAAUUAAUCACCAAUUCUAUUCUUGGACAAGACAACUUUUAUAGGUUAAUAAUUUAUUGUCGAAAACACUCCACCUCCUACGUGAAGUGAUGGCUUUUAAAACGGAUUUGUUAUUGCAUUAACAAGAGCUCAAAACAUAUGCGGGCAUAAUGGAGCUGUUUUAUCUCGAAAAAAAGAGUUUCGAUGACCAGGAGUGUGAAGGCAUCAAGUCGAAAAGUGCUUGGCCGUUCUGAUCAUCGCGUCAUUGUGCCCGGCAGUUGUUGUGGCGAGAAAAGAAAUGAAGGUUUGAGGAACAAGGCACCCGAGAAUUUAACACUAUCAUAGCAAAAAAGGUUUUGCUUAAUUCAGGCUUAAAUUGCGAUGAUUUUUAAUAUUCCAGAGGAAGAUUUUUAAAACAAACGAGAACAUAAUGAUUCUGAAGGCAACGAAAAAGGAUCUCAAAGAUAUGAACAAAGAAGGGGACAAUACAUCUUCACUUUAAAAAACGGGUGAUGUUGGCCAUCACAUCACCUACAUGUGCGUCCUAUCGGUUCAAGUCCGAAUGGAAACUCAACGAAAUGAAGGAGAAGAAAGGGAAAGUUCGCAGGUGUCGGCACUUGCUUGAAAGAGCUUGAUCCGAGAGAAGUCUUUCUUCUCGAUUAACUAAUCGGCCCCUCGAAACGGCAAUUGAUCUCGCCUCUCUGAAACCCACGGCUGUUCUCGCCACUCUCGGAAUGAGGGAAGAUAACGGUGCUAUCUCACUACUGCCUACUUGAAUAUACUGAUCUCAGGCUUCGAUUUGUCAGAAUGAUAUUGAUCUUUCGCUGAGGCUGGCCAAGAAGAUAAUGAUCUCUAGCAGCUGCUAUUCAUCAUGGCACUCUCUUCGUUCGGCUUCUAUUUUUCACCUUAAUUUCACUCUUUUUUUGUGGCCAUCGGCAAGUUUUUGUCCUCUGGGCAUGUGCGCCCAAACCAGCUGCAGAUCGACGAGGCUUUUGUGCCAGAAACAACUGAUUAUCGUCUUCUUUCGGCUUUUUUCUUGUCCUAGGUUUAAAGUCUGAUCAGUCGACCACGGGUUCCGUUUUGAACUUGUGAUUAACACUGUCAUCGACUUGUAAGUUUUACAAUUUUUGUACAAGUAUAGGUAAUUAGAGCUGUUAGGUAGUAUAGUUGGAUUUUGUUUUUUGAUGACAAUGGUUUUACGACUUUAUAUUGCUACUUAAUUUUUAUGACACUUGAUUGUUUUUAUUUUUUUAAACGAGGUUUUAAGAUUAUUUAACCUAGUAACCUAGUAGUUAACUAGAAUUAUAGUGUAGUUAGGUUUAAAAAAAAUUAUCUUACAAGGAAUUUUGUACAUUGUUUGCUCUAUUUAAAAAAGUUUGAAAUUCAGAAUUUUCCAUCAAGCAAUUGCCAAAAACGUCUUCCCAUCACGAGAAAUCGGGCCCAGCGGCCGACCGGCUGGCAAUUUCUACCAAAGAAUUUGACGUCUUUCUUAACACUGCAUUCGGCAGUAACCGCAACUCAACAAGAAGCAACGUAUCGUGGCGAAGAGAUCGUUUAGAAGCGCCAGGAUCAUCGGCUUGCUCCACAGCCAGCAGUAGAUCACCAGCAGUCAUAUCACUCAACUAUUCAGAUCGGGUAAUCCACAAAAAUCAAUCGACAAGUCAAAUAAGGAAGAAGGAGGACAUGUCGAAGAAGGUGGAUGGAAUAAAACGCCUACCUUUGGUUGUAAUACCAAAGCGAAGAAAACACAAAGAUUUUGUGUCAAGAAGGAAAAACAAUCGUGCUUCACAACUUCGACGAUGUACUUCGGAUCCACAGAUUUACAGAAGCUACAAUCAAUGGAAUAGUUUGCAAAAGAAGGACGUGUUAGCAGUGAUUGAAGUCCAAUCAACGGAGAAGUCGGCCGAACCGAAGAGUGCACGAGUGUCAAUGAAAACGUCAUCAAAAGACUUGACUAACAUCAUAAAACCGCCGGAAGAAGUGGCAGUGAAAAAGAUUGUCAAGAAAUCAGACAGUAAACAUAGUCGAACUAAUCUAGAAAGAAAAGCAUCAGCUACUAAACGACGAAGGGCUGAAGAGUUGAGUCAAAUCAAAAAAGAAUUACGAGAAGCGGCCAAGCUACCCCAGCUAUCCAAGAUUCCAAAGCCGAAAGAAAGUGACGAUGUCAAGGCAAAAAACACAGUAAAUGCGGUUACAGCAGCGUUUUCUCAAAAAGAACCAGGGUCUUAUUCGAAGCCACAACACAGUACAGAAUCGUCAGGAGUUUCUGCCGUUCUAUCCUCAACUUCUUCACAUACAGCAGCACAAAAAGAUGCAUUACAAAGUCAACCAAGCACUUCAACUGCAGCUAGUCCAGCUAAUGUUACAGCCCAAGCUACUCCAGCUAUAACUAAGGUUACAGCAAAACCACCAGCUUCACCGUCACUGGGCCAACGAAGAAAGUUCAACAACGACAAGGUCAACGUGGCAGUGCUACAGCCGAACAAGUUGAAAUUGCCUCCACAUGAGGGGAAUGAAAUUGCGGAAUCAAACGUUAAAGAGCCUUUAGCGACGACUUCUGAUGAUAAGCCUAAAGAGGAAAAGAAGCCGAAAAAACCGAUUGAUCCGGAGCUGUUAAGUCGGCUUAAACUGGAUAAUUCGGUUUUGAAAAAGAUUGACAAUAUUAUUGCUGGCGGUACUAAAAAGCCUGCGGCUGCUACGGUUAGUUAUAGCUUCAGCGAGAAAGUUAUCUAAUAAAUUAUUUUUUUUAUUUUAAUUAAUUUUUGGCUUAUCAAAGAUAAAAUUACAAAAAUCAACGCAAUUUUUAUAUUUUUUAAAUUAAAAAUUUUUCUUGCCAUGAUUGUUUGAAAAUGUAACUAAUUAAAAUGUUGUAGAAUGACUAUCAUCACAAUUACAACUACAAGGUCGGAAGCUCGGGUGGGCGUGGGGAUCAAUACCCAUCGACCGCACAAUCUACCUCAUAUAAACCGCCGAUCCAGGACGACAAGGACGGCCAUCUAGUUUAUCAGGCUGGGGAUUCUAUUGCAAACAAGUGUAAGUUUUUAAAUGUUAUUACUCAAACUUUUUUAAAGUGGAAGAUUAGAUGGAGGUUUGGAGCAGAGUAAAAUACGAUCUCUCUUAGUACAUUUUUUUAAAGCUGAGCGAGAUUGAAUACAUAUAUGUAGCAUGUUAUUUCAGAUCAAAUAGUACGAACGUUGGGCGAAGGCACGUUCGGUAAAGUCGUGGAAGUGAAGGAUUCUAGUCGUGGAUCUCAUCGUUUUGCCCUAAAAAUCAUUAAAAAUGUCCCAAAAUACAGAGAUGCGGCACGGUUAGAAAUCAACGUGCUAAAGAAGCUAAUGGAGAAAGAUCCAUCAGGAUCACACUUGGUCAUUCAACUGCUAGAUCACUUUGAUUUUCAUGGUCAUAUGUGUUUACUCUUCGAUCUACUUGGGCUUAGUGUGUUUGAUUUUAUGGUAAGGGAUUUUAUUGGAGUUAGAAAUUGAUUUUUGGAGCAUAUUUUGCUCUUUUUUGUAACACAAUCUUCAAUUUUUCAGAAAAACAACGACUAUAACGGGUACCCGAUGGACCAGGUCCGCUACAUUAGCUAUCAGCUGUGUCACGCGGUCAAAUUCAUGCACGAAAACCGACUAACACACACGGAUCUGAAGCCGGAGAACAUUUUAUUUGUGAAUAGUGAUUAUCGAAUAGAACAAGGCCGGAAACGACCGAUCAAAGUCAUCGAAGAUGCCACCGUGAGGUUAAUCGACCUGGGAUCGGCGACCUUCGAUCAUGAACAUCAUUCCACAAUAGUGUCGACAAGGCAUUAUAGGGCACCCGAAGUGAUUCUAGGUAGGGAUUUUUUGGGUUGGAGGGUUUUUGGGGGUGUUUAUAAAUUUCGUAUACUUGAAGGUAACUUUAGGUAUGAUUUUAAUAAGAUUUUUAACUUUGAGCGUUUUAAACUUUAAUUUAACGCUUUUGAAGCUUAUAUUGUUGUAAAAUACGUUUCGACUCAUUUAUGUUUGUCAGUACUAUUUUUUCAGAACUAGGAUGGACACAACCAUGCGACGUGUGGUCAAUCGGCUGUAUAAUGUUUGAGCUUCACAUGGGUAUCACACUGUUCCAAACCCACGAAAACCGCGAACAUUUGGCAAUGAUGGAGCGGAUUCUCGGCAGCAUACCAUAUCGAAUGAUAAAGCGGACAAAGUACGAAAAUUUUUGAAUUAUAUUUUUUGUUUUAAACUUUUAUUCUUAAGGGUACAGUAGUAUAAGGAAGAGUUUUAGGUAAUUGUAGGGUAGGGUAAAGUAGGAUAGGUGAAGGGAGGGUAGGGUAGGAGAAAAUAAGGUAGGGUGUAGUAGGGUAUGUUUGGGGAGAGUAGGUUAAGGACGCGAAGGUUGUUAAAAAGAGAAAAAAUUGAAAUCGUAUUAAAAAUGGUAUAUAGGUAAACAUUUUGUGUUAUUUUCAGGACAAAAUACUUUUACCACAAUAAACUGGACUUCAACGACAACUCGACGUCAGGCAGAUAUGUUCGAGAACAGUGCAAACCUUUAUAUGUAAGUUUUUUUUGGUAAAAUACGGUGUUUUAUUUUUAUUUUUAUUGUUUUAUUUUUGUUUUAUACCGAGUUUAUAUGCUCAGUUGUUUUAUAAAUUACUCCGUACUUAGGUAAUCCUUGAUAUAUUGAAGCAGAUAAAAAAGUUUUGUCGUUAAUUUUGCAAGCUUUGCAAGUUAAAAAGACUUUAAUAGCGCUUCAAUAUUAUAGUAAUAAUGCUUGACAAGAUUUUUUAACACCCUAAUAUUGUAGUAUAAUGCCUUAAAACCUUACUUAAAAGUAAUGUUAUACAUACUUUUUUCGCUUUAACUAUCCAUGACCCUAACGAAUGAUGUGUUGUAAAAAAGUAAUCCGUUCAAAAUGUCACCUGACCGGCCGAAAGUCGGUCGGCUGAUUCCGGGAAACGCCCUCUGAUUUUUCGAAAAUCACUUUUGACCCUUUCCGAAACGCCUCGGGCCGCAAGAGUUAAUUUUAGAGACGAAAAAGUUUGAAACAAAACAUGAAUUGGCAGAGAAUACGAAAAACAUGUGCAAUAUAAAUUUGAAAUUUUAAUUUUUUUAAAUUAGGUAAUAUUUCACUAAAAGCUAAUGUUUAAGUUACUGAUUAAAAUGUUUUUUACAAUAUGGAUAACAAGUUUCAAUAAAAGGUUAUUUUAGAUAAAAUUAAAAAAUAUAUUAUUUUAGGUAACAAUUUAUAAAAAAUGACUUUUUUUGAGUCACAAGUUCAUAAAGUAUAAAAUAUUGUAUUCCAGAGGUACAUGGAGCAGAAAGACUCAGAAACGCUGGAAUUGUUCGACUUGAUUGACAAAAUGUUGGACUACGAGCCAACGUCCCGACUAACGCUCAACGACGCUCUUCAACAUCCCUUCUUCAACAGGAUCCCGGCACAUCAGAGGUGGGUGAAUUGAAUGUGUAGUGUAAAAUACGCGUGUUUGAAUUUAUUUUUAAAUUUUGCUCUCAAGGAUUUAAAUUGGUGACCACCGGCUUUUUGUAAAUUUUUUGAAUUUUUGAAAAAAUGAGUUUUAAUAUGAAGUUCUUAAUGUUUGAGCAAAAAAAACUUACAUUAUUCAAAUUUCAGGCUAGACCACCUUAUCAACUCUUCCCGGCCUCCCGCCAGCAACGGCGGCUCAGUCAACAACAACGGCCGAGUAGCCCUAUAA